CUCGUAAUUUAUUUCUCGUGGAGUUCGCCCUUUCGUUUCUCACUGUUUAAAAAAUAUUUAUUUAAAGAAAAUUUUAAAAACCCGAAGCUCACUGCUGCGAAAUUUGUAAUAGCGGAAAUGUUAUCGAUCAAAAGCCCUAACCCUAGCUGCGCCUUGGAGCCGUUGAAGGGACUUAUUCGUGCUCCUGCUUCUGCUUCUGGUUCGUCUUCUCCAAUGGCACUACGUAUGCCGCCGUCUCUGCGGCUCACUCCGCCUUCUUGCAGAGUUUCUCUCGCCGCUCCCAAAGGGUUAGCCCUCGGAUUUCACUUAUUCGAUAGACGGAUUUCUUUCAACCAAUCCUUGGUCGCUUUUGCAGCUGCUUCCCACGAGGAAUCCAAGCAUUCAGAAAUAGAAGUGGAGAGAGAAAAAGAUGAAGUGAAAUUGGCAAGUGAAGAAGAAUCAAAUGAAGCGUGGAAGCAAGCUUUAGAAGCAUUCAAAAAGCAAGCUUUGAAGAUGCAAAGCGUGUCCCAAGAAGCAUACGAAAUUUACUCCAAGAAAGCUUUGAUUACUCUGAAGGAAACUUCGGAGCAGCUCAAAAUUCAAGCAGAAAUGGCCAAAAAUGAUUUGAGUGAAAUAGCAAAAGAGAUCAGUGAAGAAGGCAAAGUUUACCUCUCAACGGCAGCAGAGCAUUCCCCUGAAGAAGUCAAAGAAAUAGUCGAAACAUAUUCUUCCACAGCCGAUGACUUAAACGACGUUUCCAAAAUUCUCGACUUUCACGUUGGGAUACCUUAUGGUUUCAUUCUUUCAGUCGGGGGAUUCCUUUCUUUCAUGUUGACAGGGAGCUUAUCUGCCAUCAGGUUCGGUGUGAUUCUAGGUGGAGUUCUUUUGGCAUUAAGUGUAGCAAGUUUAAAAUCAUAUAAAAAAGGAGAGUCUUCUGCUCUUGCCACCAAAGGACAAUCAGUGAUCGCCUCUAUAAUAUUUUUGAGGGAGUUAAGCAUGCUGGUUCGGAGAUCAACUCUGGGCACCUUUCUUACAACCCUAGUCAGUGGUGCAGUGGUGGCAUUCUAUAUCUAUAAGCUUCUACCAAAUGACAAACCUGGCUUGGAACCUCAGACAGAAGAUUGAUGUGCUCUUUUGAGGGAGGAAAAAAUAUAUAUAUAUGUCUACUGGAUGAUCAUGUUGGCUCUGAAAGAAAGCAAAAUUGAUACAAGAACAAACUCUUGAUGCUGUUGAUGCAUGUCAGCAUACAAAAUUUUAGGUCUCCGUCAGACUUUGUUGUUUUGUAUUAGUGUGAAUCCAUUAGUGUGAAUGAUAUGAGAGGUAGUUAAAAGGAAUCCAGUGGAGUGAUUCGCCAUGAUAUUGAAAUUAUUUUGUUCUUCCCUUAUGUCCAUCAGAAGCUUUGAAUAAUGAUGUGUCCCAUUUCUUUCCAGUUAAAUUCUUGUACAUACAGCUGAACUUCAUAUGAGAUUUUUCAGUUUCUUUGAA